AUGGUGGGCGAUUUUAACUCAUAUCUUUCAUGGACAGAGAAAUCAGGAGGCAAGCAAUAUCAACACCGUGAUUGUAAUAUUUUUCAACAAUUUAUUAGUGAUUGCAAUCUCAUGGAUUUGGGUUAUCAGGGGCCCCCUUAUACAUGGAGUAAUAAGAGGACUGGCUCUGAUCUAAUAAGGGUUCGCUUGGAUAGAGGCUUUGCUAAUGCUAGUUGGAUCCAGGACUUUCCAGAUUAUGCAGUACUUAAUAAAGCAGCACUUGGUUCAGAUCAUUCACCCCUGUGCAUUGAUACUUUUGGUUGUAUCCCAAAAAAGGCGAGACCUUUUAGAUUUGAAGAUAUGUGGUUCACUCAUCCAGAUUGUGGAAAGCGAUUAAUUGAAGAAUUGUCUGCUCUUCAAUCUCAAUCUAAUUUCUCCACUUUCAAGGAAGCUGAAAUCAUCAAGGAAUUGGAGAAGGCACUUCAUCAGAAUGAAUUAUUCUGGAAACAAAAAUCCAAAAUUGAUUGGCUUAGGGAGGGAGAUCGUAACUCCAAGUUCUUUCAUAUGAUGACUAUGAAACGCCGACAUCGUAAUAGAAUUCUGAAAUUGAAAUAUCCUGAUGGACAGUGGACUUCUUCUGACGAUGAGGUUCAACAGCUAUUAUGCAAUUAUUUUAAAGACUUAUACACAGCUGAUCCUAUCAAUAUGCAGGCAAUUUCAGAAGUUACUCAAGGGAUACAACCUCUUAUUACUCAAGAGAUAAUGCCCUCUGUCAAAUCCCAGAUAUUGAGGAAGUGA